CACACACAGCAGCAGCAGCAGUGCUUCAGUGUGAGGCAGAGCGCAGAGGGGAAACCUCCAUCUACUCUCACCAUCGGCUUGUUUUUAUCACAGCCGAGGAAACGCCUCGCUCCCUGACCUUACUGCCUUGGAUUUAUGCUGCGUGGGGAAGAAAUCUGAUCGGGCUAUUUGUGCACGCUUCACACCAAGAAGAUAAGCGAAGGUCUGCGGUCUGCAGCACAACAUAUCAUCGGAAAAACCCAACGCCCUUCCCAGACCGACCAUGCAUACCUGCUGGGGUUGAUGGAGGAUGCGUUUAUGGGAUAGCUAUGGACCACUGACGUGUGGAUGUUUUCGGGAUUUCUUUACACGACCAUAACCUGCUGAAUCUCAAAGUCAUCCCAGUUUGCAAGCUAAACAACCAAUGAAAAGGCAGCCUGGAAGCCCGGAGCUUGGUGAAGCAAUGUGAUUUAUCGAUCGUUAUAUAUUCAUCAUAAAAUGGGGAACGGUUUCUCCAACAUUGCAGCAUUCCAGUCCUUGCACAUCGUGAUGCUCGGCUUGGAUUCGGCUGGGAAAACCACAGUACUGUAUCGGUUGAAGUUUAAUGAAUUUGUCAACACUGUUCCAACCAUCGGCUUCAACACGGAGAAGAUCAAACUCAGCAAUGGCACGGCCAAAGGAAUCAGUUGUCACUUUUGGGACGUCGGCGGGCAGGAGAAGUUAAGACCACUUUGGAAGUCCUACAGCCGUUGCACGGAUGGUAUUAUUUACGUGGUGGACUCUGUGGAUGUUGACCGGCUUGAGGAAGCCAAGACUGAACUUCACAAAGUCACCAAAUUCGCGGAGAACCAAGGAACUCCUUUGUUGGUGAUCGCCAACAAGCAGGAUCUCCCCAAAUCCUUGAUGGUGUCCGAGAUCGAGAAGCACCUGGCUCUCCACGAACUGAGUCCCUCCACCACGUACCACGUCCAGCCGGCCUGCGCCAUCAUUGGUGAGGGUCUUCAUGAAGGAAUGGACAAACUGUACGAGAUGAUCGUCAAACGAAGGAAAUCUCUCAAGCAGAAGAAGAAACGAUAAGACGCUUGGACACUUGAAGAGACAUUUUAAAGGGAUCGUUGACCUACAAAUAACAAUUCUGUCCUCAUUUACUUACCCUCAUGUUGUAUGAAGACUUUUGGCAAUAGAUGGGUUUUAGACGUACAAUAAAAGUCAAUGGCGUCCAAAUGGAACAUUUGGGCCCCACUGACUUUUAUAGUAUGGACUAAAAAUGUAUGUAUGGACAUUUUUUUUGUGUGCGUUUGUAUUCUGCAGAAGAAAGUAUGUUUGUUGCGCAUGAUGUGAGACUGAUUGAGGAUGACAGAAGUGUUGUUUUGUUGGGGGGUGAAAUCAGUGUUGCCCGUAAAGAUAAGAUGGGUUUUGCAAUUGCUGAUUUGAAAAGAUUGUUCACCAAAAAAAAUGACAGUUUUGUCUUAUUUACUCACCCUCGCAUUGUUUGAAAGCUUUCUUUUAGAACUGUUUUGUUCAUUUUUAUGAAUAAUAUAAACAUUUGGACCCGAUUGACUUUUAUUAUUCGAACACAAAAACCACUUUGGUUAUACAUGUUUGGAAUCAUGUGAGGCUGGUUUUAAAGAUGAUAGUGUAAUUUAUGGGUGGACUCAAUGUUGCCAUGAAAGACAUGAUGGGUUUUGCAACUGCAGAUUUGGUAAGAGAUUUAUAUGGAUGUAUUAUUUGUCAUUAUUUACUCACCCUUGUGUCCAGUUUUUCUACAUAAAAUGAAAAUCAACGGGGUCCAAAAUGAGGAUUGACUUUUACUGUAUUGACAAACCAGAGUCAUCUCCCACCAAUUCGUAACUUUUUGAUGUAGUGGCUAAUUUGUAUGAAUGUGUAUGAUCUCAUUUGUACUUUAUAGUAUGAUUUGCUCAUCCCCCAAUGAAAAUUGGGUUUAGGGGAGCGGUUUGGUGUCACACCUCCUUUUAAAAAUCAUACAUUUUCAUAGGGCUGAACUCGAAUAAAUUCGUACGAAUUAGCCACUAAACUGCCAAAACGUAAAAUAGUUGCAUUUUCCUCCUGAGAUCAGGCUGGGUAAAAUGGAAAACUUUUCAAAAUGUGUGUGUUAUAUCAACAAAAAUUAGUCCAAGGAACUCGGAAAAUGUAAAAAUUUUUUCUUUUUAAAUUUUCCACAUUUUCCGAGUGCCUUGAACUAAUUUUUGUUGAUGUUUUGAUGAAUCCCUUACCCAAAGAGCACCGACCAAAUAUUUGAGUUACCCCUGAGCGCUUUUUGUUUGUUUUUCUGUGUGUGUUAUAUGUUUGAAUUUCCAUGAGGGUGAUUAAGAAAGACAAAAAGAGUUGUUUUUUGGUGGACUCGAUGUUUCCAUAAAAGAUAUGAUGAAUUUUGCCUUGGUGUACAAGAUUUCGUGACACUUUAUAAUAACUUUCAUUAAUAUUAGAGUGAGCAACAGAUUAUUUCAUUAACAUAGAUUUUAACCUCCCUGAAGCAUUCAUAUUUAUUCAUAACUAUAAAUAUUUGAAGAAUUAUUCAUCUAUUAAAGGUGACGUUAAAUAUUAUUAAUUAAAAAUGUUUAUUAAACAAAAUGUCUAAUUUAUUGGCUAAACUUUUUUUUUAAAUAGUGACAGUUGAGGCAUUUUUCCAUUUGAGAUUUAAUGCUAAAUUACUCACUUUUAGCACUUUUUUUUCAUAGUUUGUCAAAGAAAUGACACUUUAAGCAUUCAAGUUGUUAUUAAAAGUUAUUAUAAAGUGUUACAGAAAGUAAAAAAUAAAUACAAAAAAACAGAAGUGCGAAACAUUAUGCUUACAUAUAGAACCAAAAAGAUCUUGAAUAGCGAGACAACAUAGAACUAGCCAAUAAUUUUAAAUGCUUAAAAAUAAUAGGGAAGAAAAAUGGGCCGGACCCAUGUUGCUGCUUGAUAUUAACUCCAUAAAUAUCGCUACUAAUCGCAAGCCUGUGCUUUGAAGAAACCCUAUACGAAAUCAUUCCUUAAAUAAAUAAACUGAAUGCCCACAUGCACCUAUACAUGAUAUAAAAGAUUUUAUUAUGCAUUAAACCAUAUAGUUCCUCCCAGUGCAGUUUGUUAUGAUCCCAAUUAUUUUACUUUAUUUCUUUUAUUUAGAUUUGGAUUCAACCGGAUAUGUUUGUUUUGCAUAAAUGCUACUUUGUACUACAAUCGGAGGUUGUUGUAUUAUAAAACCAUGUAGUGAAAUGAAGACUGUUUAUGCACAUGAUGCCAAAAAUAUUCCAAAUAAAUUAUUCUGAAAACUUA